UAAUCACGAAAAAUGGACGAUCCAGAAUGCCUGUGAUUGAAGAUUAUUAUUAGCAUCAUUAUAUUUUUUUUCCCCGUGAAAGUUUCCACGAAAACGAGCGAUCUGUUAUUAUUUGUUUUCAUCUCCAUAAACUGACAUCCAAUCUCAGAAAAACUCUUGGGAGUAAAAAGGUUCUUUGUUUUCUGUGAUUUGUUUAAUUUAAUCACUUUAGUUUAAUCUUGAAAACACCCACCAGACAUGCCUUCACGUUGCGAAAUUUGCUGCGAACUGUUGAUCGCCAUUUUGCUCCCUCCUUUAGGAGUUUGCUUAAGGCACGGUUGUUGCACUGCAGAGUUCUGCAUUUGUCUAGUGUUAACGAUACUGGGAUAUAUACCAGGGAUAAUCUAUGCUCUUUACGCCAUUGUUUAUGUGGAUCGGGAUGAGUACUUCGACGAGUACCGGCGUCCACUUUAUUAUUCCAAUGCUUAGCUACCACCCCAACAACCCUUCUUCAAUUAUCUCUCUCUUUUUUGUUCUUUGUUGGAUUUUAAAAGUGCUUGUUUUUAAUUUAAUUUCACUUUUGCUGGUUUUGCUUUAAUCAUGUGUGUGUGUGAAAUGAUGUAUAAUAGCAACAUGUCACUGUUUUUCCUUGGAUUUUGAGUUUAAGCCUUGGGAUGAGAUAAAAA